UGUGGUGGAUGAUGACAGUGGACAAUGAUGGGUUCUCGAGAAAAAGGGUUUUUGGCGGAAAGAAAGGAAAGAGUUCAGCUCUAAAGGUUUCGCUGAGGUCGAAGAUGGAAUGUUUACUAUAUGUCAGUGUAAAAUGUGUGUAGAAAAAAAUGAUGCUCGUCCCUAUACAACCGCUCACAGGGACCAAUUUGAUUGAGUACUUUUUCAUGCAUCUUCCUGCAUACUCUGAAUUGCUCUCAAGCCACUUUGGUAACACUUGCUAUUUGUAAGAUCUCUUGUUUGCACAUCAUCCUUCCCAUCACUGUCCGUGGCGGUUCAUUUUCAUCGCGCCAUAGAACCAUAGAGUACAUUCAGCAAUAGUAUCGGAAGAAGCAAGACAAAUGGGCUUGCUCAGUCGCCUCUCAAAGGCGAAGAGACGGCAAAUGUUUGGUCAUUUUGUCCUUUACACCAUGCCAAUACUCAGCUAUGCAAUGGUGGCAGUAUCGUUUUUGUGGUUGCUUGCCCUGCCACACCGGAGCUAUAGUAAAGUGACAUAUAUUUCAGAGAACGCCUUGCAACCAGGAGCUGCAAACGUUCAAUUUGAUUGGAAUGAUUUUGUAGUUGCCGAAGCAUAUCGUCAGACUGUUAACAUUAUAUCUGAAUUGCCGCCUCUAGAACGUGCAGAGGCGCUACGAAGAGAGUUCGCGCAGGUUGGACUCAAGUCGGCAACGCAAAAUUACACAUUGCAUACUAGCACUGUCACUAGACAUGGUGUCAACACAUAUGCUAUCUUUUACGCACCUAGAUCAGAUGGUACUGAGGCCUUGAUUCUGAGUGCGCCAUGGAAAUCUAGAAAUCCAAAAUUCACAGCAAAUACCAAUGGUGUCGCUAUGUUGCUCGCUCUUGCAAAAGUAUUCAAACGUGGCUCUCACUUUUCCAAGGAUAUCAUUUUUGUUAUAUCGGAUGGCGAUACAGAGGGGCUCCAGGCAUGGCUCAAAGCAUAUCACGGAAAUGAGGAGAGGACAAAGACCCGUUUUGAGGAAACACUGCACAUCAGAAGUGGGGCCAUCCAGGCAGCACUAAAUCUUGACUUUGCUGGUACCGGGGAUUAUAAUGUCCUAGGCAUCUUUUUCGAGGGUGUAAAUGGCCAGUUACCGAACCUGGAUAUGAUCAAUACAGUUGUAGAGAUUGCAAGAGGAAAAGCCCCUGUAGAAAUAACUUUGCACGAUGAUAUUAUGCCUUACACUGAGAGUAUGCCAAGGAACUACACGAAUUCGCUCAAUAAGAUGUUUUACAUGAUGAAGUAUCAAGCUGCAGGAACUCCCACAGGCAAUCAUGGAGUCUAUUUAAAGUAUAAGAUUGAUGCAAUCACCUUGUAUGGUUUCGACAAGCCAGGAUGGCCUUCUCCGCGAUACAAUCUUUUCCGCCUUGGCGCUGUUGUCGAAUCCACUGUCAGAAGCUUAAAUAACUUAUUGGAGCAUCUUCAUCAGUCUUUCUUCUUUUAUCUUCUCAGUGGAGUGCGGCGUUACACAUCGAUUGGGUUAUAUAUGCCUCCCAUUAUUAUCCUUGGCGUCAGCUUCAUUUUGCAAGCGCUCUCACUUUGGGGCAUAUCGAGUGAUCUUCCAUUGGAGCUUAAGGUCCUGUCAGAGGCUAAGGCUACUGCAAUUGUAUUGCCAUAUUCACGUAGAAGCAGGAAUCUGAGGGUUGCUACAACUGUAGUGAAUCUAUCCUUCAUUACGGGGUACGGCACCUUCUAUUUGUUAACCACGAAUUUGGGGUUCCCUGGAGAGACACCUUUGAUCAAGCUUAUCGCAAGCGUGGGUAUUUGUAGUACGCUUGUUUUCUCAGCUGUGUCAACUGCUCAUAUCCGUCACCGUGUUCUUAAAGAAAGGCAGAUCAAAGCAAACAGUGCAGAUAAAACUCCAGAGAAGAAUAUAGCUGAGCUUAUCCCUGCAGCAGACUGGAUCAUACUCAAAACAUUCAUCCUAGCGCUCUCUGCCUUGUUCGUUACCACUUUGUCUGCCUUGAACUUCAGUCUUGCUGUCUUUAUCGGCACCACCAUCGUUCUGCCUUACAAAUUUUUCAGACCUUGCAGCAAAAGAUUCCUUUCUGCUGUCCAAGCAGCUGUAUUAGUGAUGAUAUCGCCUCCAGGAUUGUUAUUCGCAACUGCUUGGUGGUUCUCCAAGGAUGUGGGGCUGAUUCUGAGUUGGGCAAUAGAGGGAUAUGAGGUGUUAGGUACGUGGUUACUUCCAACGCUUUGCUGCAUUUAUUGGCCCAUCAAUCUAGCGGCCAUCGUCAUGGUCCUGUUACCAGUGUCCUAGGAACCAAGACAAGCUCUCAAAUAAAGCAUUGGCAGGAAAAGAAAGAAAAUUAUGGCAAUGCAUUGUUGAUAAAGUUGUAUUUAAUGCCAUGACACUGUUUAUAAGGAAUAUUUUAAAACAAUGCAAUCUUGGUCAAGCCAGAUCGAAUCCUCUCAUCCAGAACCUUCAAUCCCAGCAUUUUGAACAGAUCAACGCGAAUUUCAUGAAUAUCUAGUAACGUGCGUCUCUUGGCAUCUUUAUGACAAUCUAGUAGCACGAGCUCUAGCCUAUCGAGGUGAAGUGCU